GAGAGGAAUAGCAGACGCGAGUGAGAGGAUCUGCUCUGUCCCAACCGACGCCUUUUUUAAAACAGCUACAGCUCCAGAGACGCACCCCAGACCCCAGUCCUGUGGGCGAUUAAGGACUUUUUACGUGAUAUUUAACGGGCCGUUUCAGACACACACACACACACACACACACACACACGCAGAGUGACUCUGAAGAGAGACUUCAGCGAAAAGCAGGGCGAGUGGAACAGGAAGUGGAGGCAGGGUUAAUGAGUAACAGCUCGCUGGAGGCUCAAAGGUCUGGCCGUGCGGUGUGAGCGCGUGCAGAGAGGACGCCAGAGACGGCGGUAAAGCAGAGAGGUAAAGUUCGGUUGGAGCAGCGCCUCGGGGAAGAAAUGGCGAAGAGCAAGGACGGCGAUGUCGUCGUCAAGCCGCCGCUGAGCCGCCGCCCCGACAACUCUGCCUUCAAGCAGCAGCGGCUGCCGGCCUGGUCGCCGUCGCUGACCGCCAACACCGUCCUGCCCUUCUUCUUCUUCAUGGGGGCGCUGUGCCUGUUCCUUGGGGUGUGGCUGCUCCUCACCGUGCAGGGGACGCGCGAGAUUAAGGUGGACUACACUGAUGCAGGUAACUGUACCGCCUGCUUUGACCUGCGCAAAAGCAGCGCCAACGCCCAUCUUACCUGUGACUGCAUCGUCACCUUCUCCCUCAGCCAAAAAUUUCAGGGGAACGUGUUUUUCUACUACGGCCUGGUAAACUUCCACCAGAACCUGCGGCGUUACAUGGACUCCAGAGACGACGGUCAGAUGGUGGGACGCCUUAAAAACCUGAAGACGCCGAGCAGCUACUGUUACCCGUUUCGCCUGGUGGGGGGCACCCCAGUUGCUCCGUGCGGGGCGGUCGCUAACAGCAUGUUCAACGACUCUUUUGUUCUGCACUACCACCCCUCUGAGGGGCCAGCUGUGCCCGUCUCUCUGAUCAGGAGGGACAUCGCCUGGUACACGGACAAGACCGUCAAGUUUCGGAACCCAUCAGUGCCCAACGAGACUCUUGCUCAGGUCUUCAAAGGAACUGCCCAGCCUGUCUACUGGCAGAAGCCCGCAUACGAGCUGGACCCGUCGGACCCCGGCAACAACGGCUUCAUCAACGAGGACCUGAUCGUGUGGAUGAGAGAGGCGGCCUUCCCCACCUUCAAGAAGCUGUACGGGAUCCUGAACCGCUCCCAGGGCCGGUUCGAGGACGGACUUCCCGCCGGAAACUACAGCGUCAGCAUCUCCUACAACUACCCGGUGGAGUACUUCCAGGGGCGUAAGACGGUGGUCCUGUCCACGGUCAGCUGGUUCGGGGGACAGAACCACUUCCUGCCCAUCGCCUACAUGGUGACCGGCGGCCUCGUCCUGGUGGUUGCCAUGGUGCUCACGGGAGUGCACGUCAAAGUGGGAAAGGGGGGGCUGAACAUGGAGGAGUGAACGGGGCGAGGGGGGGGGCAGUGUACCCCAUUUCCACAGGGCCGCCCGCGUCUGUUUCUGGUUUACAUGCUAACGUCUGCUAUUGGUUACUUUGUCAGGGCCAGAUCCUUUACGUCAGGGCUAGCCCAACCCUGGUCCUGGAGAUCCACCGUCCUGAAGGUUUUCACUCCAACCCUAACAAAAGCACAACUCAUUCAACAGCUACAGCAGGGCUGCCCAACCCUGUUCCUGAAGAUCUACCGUCCUGAAGGUUUUCACUCCAACCCUAACAAAAGCACAACUCAUUCAACAGCUAGAGAGCUUAUUGAGCUGCUGAUUAGUAAAAUCAGGUGUGCCGAAAUUAGCAUCGAAAUGAAAACUGUUGAUCUCCAGGAACAGGGAUGAUCUAGGGUUUUAGCUUGAUUUAGUCAUCAAGUGGCUGAAGACUGUCCCUCCGGCCCCUGUACAGUGUUUUACUGUGGUCUAAUCAAUAGCCAAAUUGCCUAUUUAAACAGGGGUAAGUGGAAGAAAUAAAAGCUGGCAUGAAAUCUGGAGCAGGUAGAGCCUUACAGGAGAGAGAUCCACUCCCCCCCCCCCCCCCCCAACUCUGAAUAACUCCAGGAAGGACAGAACUGCACUGGAGACACUUCAGGUCUUUAUAAAAAAUCUCUUCUGAAUAAUGAUUGUCCAGUUGCACGAUACUGUGCUGUUGAUUUCAAAGGAGACACUUUUCUGUUUUUUCUUCUUAAGUCUGUAUUUUUUUGUUUACAAUGAAAAGCAUUUCGAAGAAGCAAAAUACUGUGGUUCUAAUAGUAUGUGUGAAAGGAUGGUGAUCGGUAGAAGAAGAAAAAAA